AUGACCCAGGGCGGCACAGUGGUGUUCGCCGAUGAGCAGGAAUACACAUGGUACGUGAUUGAUGCGCCGGGGCUCGCCACGGGGUGGAUGACCCUGACUGAGUUUGGCUCUAACGGCAACAUCCGCGCCUUCACCCUCCGUCAACCCUGGAAUAUGGGUCAAAUGAUGUCCUUUGGCCAGAUGCUGGGUCGGCGGGCCUUGAAAUUAGCAAUGUUAGGGACUGGGGGUCCGCCACAGUAUAACGAACCGUAUUUUGGAAUGGACCUUCCUAUCCUUGAGCUCCUGGAGUUAACACGACAGGGCAACAAGUUCCUCAACCAGGGCUACGGUAAUCGGGACCUGUGGGUGCGCAUUAUCGAGCAGAGUGCGGCCGGAUAUCUGAACCUGGAGGCUCAAGUGAGGGAGGUGGAAUUCGGACUCGAUGACCUGCUGGAGGUUGGUUUUUGA